UCAAAAAAUUGAACGCGGUUGUUGUUGUGUGUGUUGUGGUGAUAGAAUUAAUUUUGAAUUAAAUAAUUACACGUUCCUUGCAAAUUAUCAAUCACAAUGGCAAUGCGAGACUAUGCAGCCGACAAAGAAACAUUCAAGAACUUUUUCAUAGAUUUCUGCCAAACUGAUGAUGAAGGGAAUAAAAACUUUAAAUAUUCCGAGCAAUUGACAAGACUUGCGCACAGGGAACAGACUGCGUUCAUAGUGGAAUUAGAUGACUUGCAUGAGACAAAUGAAGAGCUCGCAGAUGCUGUCAAGCAAAACACUAGGCGGUACACCAAUAUGGUUUCAGACGUGGUGUAUGAAAUGCUACCAGACUACAAACACAGAGAGGUAGCAGCAAAAGAUGCCUUAGAUGUGUACAUUGAGCACAGGAUAAUGCUGGAAGCCAGGAACCACCGCAUCCCUGGAGAGAUGAGGGACCCCAGAAACAGAUAUCCACCAGAGCUUAUCAGGCGCUUUGAGGUGUACUUCAAAGACAUGUCCUCCUCAAAGUCAGUGCCAAUCAGAGAUGUGAAAGCAGAACACAUUGGCAAGCUUGUCACAGUGAGAGGCAUCGUCACAAGGUGCACAGACGUGAAGCCUUUGUUAGUGGUAGCCACUUACUCCUGCAGUGCUUGUGGUGCGGAGACGUACCAGCCAGUCCGUUCCCUACAGUUCACGCCACCACCUGUUUGUACCGCUGAAGACUGCCGAAUCAACAAGGCUUCAGGACAACUGCAUCUGCAAACUAGAGGCUCAAGGUUCCAGAAGUUCCAGGAGCUUAAAAUACAAGAACAUUCCGACCAAGUGCCAGUAGGUACAUCCCUCGCCAACUGUCAGUAUACUGCCGCGGCGAGACGACGCGGCGCGCAGCCCGGCGACCACGUGGCCGUGACGGGCGUGUUCCUGCCGCUGCUGAGCGCCGGCUUCAAGCAGAUGCUGCAGGGGCUGCUGUCCGACACCUACCUGGAGGCGCACGGAGUGACCUGCCUCAACCAAAGCGACGAGAGCGAAAUGGCGGAAGCUCUAACAGAAGAAGAAUUGGCAGAACUAGCUGAAGAAGACUUAUAUUCGCGCAUGGCGCGCAGCCUGGCGCCCGAGAUAUAUGGCCACGAGGACGUCAAGAAGGCGCUGCUGCUGCUAUUGGUUGGAGGAGUUGAUAAACGUCCCAACGGCAUGAAGAUCCGCGGCAACAUCAACAUCUGCCUGAUGGGCGACCCGGGCGUGGCCAAGUCGCAGCUGCUCAACUACAUCGACCGCCUGGCGCCGCGCAGCCAGUACACCACGGGCCGCGGCUCCUCCGGCGUGGGGCUCACGGCCGCCGUGCUCAAGGACCCGUUCACAGGCGAGAUGAUGCUGGAAGGCGGCGCGCUGGUGCUGGCCGACCAAGGCGUGUGCUGCAUCGACGAGUUCGACAAGAUGGCCGACACCGACCGCACCGCCAUCCACGAGGUCAUGGAGCAGCAGACCAUCUCCAUCGCCAAGGCGGGCAUAAUGACGUGCCUAAACGCUCGGGUUUCUAUCCUCGCGGCGGCCAACCCGGCGUACGGGCGCUACAACCCCAAGCGCACCAUCGAGCAGAACAUCCAGCUGCCGGCCGCGCUGCUGUCGCGCUUCGACCUGCUGUGGCUCAUCCAGGACAAGCCCAACAGAGAGAAAGAUCUGGAGCUGGCCAAGCACAUAGCGUACGUGCAUCAACACUCGAGCCAGCCGCCGAGCGAAGUCCGCGCGUUAUCCAUGCGGCUGGUGCGCCGCUACGUGGCGCUCACCAAACGCAAGCAACCCUUCGUGCCACAAGAGCUUGCCAACUACAUCGUCUCAUCGUACGUAGAGCUACGACGUGAAGCCCGCAAUGCGCGUGACGUCACAUUCACGUCGGCGCGAAACCUGCUCGGCAUCUUGCGACUUUCCACCGCGCUGGCCCGGCUCAGGUUAUCAGAUGUGGUUGAGAAGGAGGACGUCACAGAGGCUAUCCGCCUCGUGGAAAUGUCCAAACAAUCUCUGCAGCACGUCGAGGAGAACGUACAGAGGGGUAUCAGCGCCACAGACCGCAUCUUCGCGAUCGUUCGUGACGUGGCCGGCUCCAGCAAGACCGUGAAGAUCGCUGACGUCAUCGAGCGCUGCGUCGACAAGGGCUUCAAGCCCGAUCAGGUGGAUGCUUGCAUUGAGCAAUACGAGAAUUUGAACGUCUGGCAAGUGAACCAAGUGAGGACCAAGAUCACCUUCAUGUAGUGUCACUCCGCCUUUGACUAGUACCAGUGUGCCUGACUCGAUUAUAAGUGGAAUGAAGCAUUUAGAUUUAAGUGUGUUUUGAAUGUUGCAUUAUGUAUUUGAUAAUAAAUUCUUUUUGGACAAAA